AGCAGCUAGCUCAGUCGCCGAGCGAACGAUGGCCGAGUGAGCGCGCCUAACGCGGCCCCCAAAAACGUUCGUAGAAACGCAUACUAUACCAGCGCGAGCGUCUGUCCGUCUGUUCCGUCCGUCCGUCCGGCUGGCCGGUUGCCUUGUCGCGCCCUCCCCCAGCCGUCGCGCGAGAGUGUGUGAACCACCUCCGCCCAUGGUGUUGUACCGCCGUCGUCGCCGCCGCCGCCGCCGUCGUCACACUCAGGUCGCAUUCGUUAAUUGAUUUUUUUUUUCUUUUCCCUCGUUCGCUUUCGGCGCGCACACCGCCGCCGAUCAAAAAAAAAAAUAAAAAUAAAAACAAAAACAAAGACCUUCGGACCCCGAGCCACGUGAUAUACGGUUUACGUACGCCGCCACCGAAGUGGUCGUACACACAUAAUAUAUACCACGUCCGCGGUAACGGUACACGCGCGCGUUACCGACCGUUACCGUUCGCCGGGAGACGCGCGCCCGAGAUGACCAUCACCGCCGCCGGAUGAGCGGCAUCGCGGGCGGCAGACGCGUUCAAUCGUAACGCCAAACGUCGGGCGCUACGGCCACUGACCGGCGAGCGCGACAUCGUUGUACAUAGUCGAUCGCAGCGAGACACAGCCCUGGAUUCCAAUUUGCAUGGCUUAAGUUUUAAGUGGCCUCGGAAAAUGUUGAGGAAUUGUUUUUUCGAUCAAAUGAACGGGUAACGAGUGUCCAAAACAAUGAGGGGGCGGGGCCAGAGACCGAUGGAGCCAGGGUAAGUGACGUAUUUACACGACCCAGCCCCCCCGCCCCCAACAACAUGGAUAAAUCGGAUCGCAGACGCAGGCCUUUUGCCUUUGACAAGAUGGAGGGGCUGGUCAGAGAAAUGAAAGACGAAGAGACUGGGGUGCGUGUAAAAAGUCAAAAGUUAUUUCUCACUUCGAUCCCUUCUGCUUUUGCCGGUUAUAACAUAAUUGAAUGGCUAAUGGACCGUUUAACUGUCGACGAAACUGAAGCGGUCCAUAUAGCCAAUAUGUUAUGUCAAUACGGAUACUUCUUUCCAGUAAACGACUCAAAAACUCUUACUCUAAAAGAUGACAGUUCUCUGUACAGAUUCCAAAUUCCUUAUUAUUGGCCAUGUUCACAAAAGAAUCCUGAUAACGUAGAAUAUGCGAUAUACCUAUCAAAGAGACUGCUGAGAAACAAACAACGACAUGCCCUGGAAGACUAUGAAAUGGACUCAUUGAACAGUCUGAAAAAAAAUCUACAAAACAAAUGGGAAUUUAUCACAAUGCAAGCUGAAGAACAAGUGCGGUUGAGUAAAGAUAGGAAAAAAGGGGAAAAAAUAGUGACUGAUAGUCAAGAAAGGGCAUUUUGGAGAGUACAUCGACCUCCUCCAGGAUGUGUUAGUGUUAUGGAACAAAUACCGAUAAAGAUUGGUGGCAGUUUUUCAACCAAAAAAAAAAGAAGUUCUGAAGAUCUCCGGAGAGAAGUCGAAUUGUUAAGAAAUUGUAUAGGGAGGACAAGAGUUAAAACGUCAGUAGCUUUAGAUGGUCUAGUUUCAUUCGGCGAGACGUAUCAUGAAUACGAUCCAUUACUCACAGGUGCUCAGCCAUCGAACCCUUGGGUGACGGAUGACCCGACAUUCUGGACGUUCAAUUGUCCAAUGGUGGAAGCUAUAACUGAAAAGCGCAUAAAACGUUGGGCUCUAUCAAUGGAAGAUUUAGUGUCCGAUGCAACAGGUCUCUACGAGUUUACAAAUUACCUCCGGAAGGAAUAUAGCCACGAAAACAUUAGAUUUUGGUUAGCAGUCAACGAUUUGAAACGAAGUUGUCAGUCACAAAUCCUGCAGAAAGUCAAAGAAAUAUAUGAUGAAUUUCUAGCACCCGGUGCUCCAUGUGAAAUCAAUAUAGACGGCAAAACGAUGGAAAGAACGCAUAAAGAAAUGAAAAACCCGUCGAGAUUUACGUUCGAUGGUGCUGCAGAACACGUGUAUACGUUACUCUUGAAAAAAGACUGUUAUCCUAGAUUCAUAAGGUCGGAGCAUUACAAAAACCUGCUCGCUAAUGGAGUCCAGCCUUCGGCCAGACGAAGAUUUUUCGGGCUAGUCGGCGGCGCUGCCAACAAAAAGGUUGAUUGCAAAGAACGCAUAAGAAGUACUGCAGGAUGUUCGAACACACAGGGUACGUCAUCGUCGUCUGUUUUACAAGCGAAUCACUCAUCGUCGUGUAGUAGCGCAAAGCGAAGGGGCAGCGACAGAAGCCUAACUAGCUCACCACACGAGCUUCCAAUAAAUUCUAUUAAGGUCUCGCAAUCCCAUAGUCAAUCUAAUCUCAGUGACAUACCCUAUAGGGGAGAUUUACCUUGCACACCUUCCUCUCCAAGUUCCAACCAAGAUAACCUUAGCAGCGGGGGUGCGGACGAGUGCGGCGAACCGCAGCUACCCACAAUGAUGGCGGACGACGUGUGCCCGUGGGACAUAGCCGACGGUGGAGGCGACAAGAGCAAACGGUCGCUGCCCACGUCCAUAGCCGAAGAGCGCGAGCGCCGGAUGUCCACGUCGUCUUCGCGGAAAAACUCGGGCAGCGCGGCGUACGAUUCGGCGGCGAGCGCGGACGAGAGCCAAUCCGAUUCGAUGGCCAGCCGUCUGCGGCGGAGUUGCGGUCUGGGCGGCGGCGGCGGCGUGGACAGGCGACGCGGUUCGUCGGCCGCGUGCACGCCACAGCAGACGGUCGACCGGCCGUCGGUGUCGUCGGCCGAGGACUUUGACAUCGGACCGUCGCCCGAGAGCAGGUCGCCCGAAAAGCACGUGCCGACGUCGCCGCACGAACCGGCCGGGACCGGGACGACGUCGCUGGACGACAAGUCGAACCGGAAGAAGCUACUGAAAUCGCUGUCGUUGGCGAGGAAGCAGAGCGUCACUCCCGUCAUUAACGUCAGCUCGGUGGACAGGGACAACGGGUGCGAUCGGACAGCCGCGGACGUCGCCGACGAAACGGCGGCCAUCGCGGUCCCGGCGGCCGAGUGCGUCACCUCCGCCUCCGGUACAGCGUCUGGUGGCGGAGGCGGUCGUACGCCGGAACCCGUAGCGUGCUGCAGCGGAGCGGAAGUAGCCACGACGACUGCAACUGCAGCCGCGUCCAUCAGCGACGGUAACGACGUGUGUCCGUGGGAAGACGAACACAACCAAGAUAAAGGCGGCCGAUUUUUAAAGGUAUACGAGACCUACGGUUUUCUCUGAAUAACGUCAGCGCACAUUCCAAAUUCUAUUAUACGUUGUGUAAAUAUACGCAUACAUUAUACUAUACUUCUCGUAUAUUAUAUACAUAUAAAGUAUAAAU